AUGGCUUCCAAGAGUUGGUCUCCGACCUAUUUGGCGAAUCAGCUCUGGGCGAAGCAACCCAAAGCCAACGCCGAGUUAUUUGCUUUGACGUACGGUGCGCUCGUGGCUGAACUCGUUCGUGACCUCGAAACCAACGAUAAGAUCCAGGCCGAACUGGACCGAAUGGGCCACAGUAUGGGUAUUCGAAGUGUCGAAGAAUUCCUCGCCAAGGCAUCGCUCGAGCCGCAAUCACAAACUGCCGUGACGUGCAGCCAAUUCAAGGAUACCAGCGACGUUCUCAAAAUGGCUCUAAAAAUGUUUCUGGGAAUAACUACGGAAGCCGGUGUGCAAGAAGACUCGCAUUUUUCCAUUCAGUUUGCCGAAAAUCCAUUGAGUCUAUUUGUGGAAUUACCUCCGGACCGAUCUGAUUUGGAAUACUCGCAGCUGUUGUGCGGAUACGUCCGGGGGAUGCUGGAAAUGUUGCAGUUUGAUGUGACGGUUACCAUGGCACAAUCGGUACUACGAGGGGACGAAGUCAACGAAAUGCGGGUCGAUUUGAAUCAAGUCUUACAGGCCGGCGCUGGCGACGAUUAUCAAGAAGAAUAA